UCGACAUAACAACACCUAACAUAAAUCUCUCUAUCAAAAAAUUGUACAAAUAUAUUUUCUACGUAAACUCUGAACGGCUCUUAGCUUCUUCUCGAGAUCUCAUUCGAGACUGAUCCCUCCAUCCAUGAAUUUACUGCGCCGGCAGCCUCGGCUGCUCAGGAAACAGGGCACGUGGCUGCUGAGGAGUCACGUGAUUUCCGAGGAUGUGUCCAAAUCCGUUUCCCGUUUUGCGGCGGCUAUGUCCUCCCUAUCGAUAUCCGGACCAGCGAUGGCUGCCGCCUCCACAGUAUCCGCAAUAUCCGCCGUAUCCGUGGUAUCCCAGUCCCGGUACGCCCUAUCCACAGCCCAAGGAGGAGGAGAAGGACAAGGAGGAGGAGGAAGAGACUCCAGAGGAUCAGCCCCAAGAAGGCGAUACUCCGGAGGCGGAGGAGGAGGAGGACCAGCCCCAGCCCCCUCGCCAGGAGGAGGAGGUGGACCAGCCGCAGCCCCUUCAACGGGAGGAGGAGGAGGAGCCCCCAGCCCCGCCCCCGUCCCCGCCCCCGCCGGAGGAGCAUCCGCCGAGCCCGGAGGAGCGGCCGCCGGAAAGCCACCUGGGGACAGUGCUGCCCCGCCUCCACCUGGAUCUGGUCUUCCUCCGGCACCUCCGCCGCCAGCCGCACCGCCCCGAUCCAAAACUCCGCGGAUGAAGAGCUUCGAGAUCUACCGGUGGAAGCCAGGCGAUCAGCCGCAAACGCAAACCUACACCGUGGACUUGGAGAAGUGCGGAGCCAUGGUGCUGGAUGCCCUGAUUUUGAUCAAGAACGAAAUGGAUCCCACGCUGACCUUCCGGCGAUCCUGUCGCGAAGGAAUUUGCGGCUCCUGUGCGAUGAACAUCAAUGGCACGAACACGCUGGCCUGCGUUUCGCACAUCGAUCAGAACGAGAGCAAGUGCUGCCGGAUAUAUCCCCUACCCCAUCUAUAUGUGAUCCGUGAUCUGGUGCCGGAUAUGAGCCAGUUCUACGAACAGUACCGCUCCAUUCAGCCGUGGCUGCAGCGGAAGGAUCUCAAGCGGGAGGCGGGAUCGGCGCAGUAUCUGCAGUCCGUCGACGAUCGCCUCGUGCUGGACGGGCUGUACGAGUGCAUCCUGUGCGCCUGCUGCCAGACCUCCUGCCCCUCCUACUGGUGGAACAGCAACAAGUACCUCGGCCCCGCCGUCCUCAUGCAGGCAUACCGCUGGGUCAUCGACUCCAGGGACGAGGCAACCGAGCAGCGCCUGGACUUUCUGAAGGACCCGUGGAAACUGUACAGGUGCCACUCGAUCAUGAACUGCACGAACACGUGCCCCAAGCAUCUCAAUCCGGCACGAGCCAUCAUCCAGCUGAAGCAGCUCCUCGUCGGAAUGAAGAAGAAGGGGGCGCCCCAACUCAAGACGGAUGCCCUUUUCCAGGGAAAAGGGUAGCAAAGGCAACGCACUCGACAUAACGUUAUUGGGAUAUAUUACACAUCAAACACAACAACAACAACAACAACAACAACAAACACGACGAACUGAUCUGAUCACGUUUUAACAUAUGUACAUAAUGUGGAACUAGGUUGAAAAAAGUCAAAACGAUUUACCUGGGAAAUAACUUGGCAAAGAAAUGAUUAAUUUUAACAUUUCCUGAAUGAUUCUCUUAAACUCUCCUAAAGUUCGAUAAUAUAAAUAUUUAUAUGAUAUAUUUAUAUUAUUGAUAUUGGCACACCGAUGUAGGCAUGCAAACUAAACAGGGAAAUAUAUAUUAAAUUACAAAAAUAAUUAGCCACACAGAGAAUAUAUUUUAACACAGGACAAGUGGAUUUACGCUUAAGGGACCUAACACAACUGUUAAGUUAUAGAACGUACAAUAUAUAUAUCUAAAAAAAAAACACAAAAUAAAAAUUAGAUAAAUCGCAAAUGGA